AGACAAGAUUGCAGCCGGCACACUGAGGCACACUGACGAAGCGAGAGCGUGUGAAGAAAACUAAACAAAUAAAAGAAACACUUGGGUGUAACAGUGUGAUCGAGGAGGCUGAGCCCAGAGCAGAGGAGACAGGAGCACAGGGAAGGAGGAGGAGGGUGAGAAAGAGUCACAGAGAGACAGAGGGAGAAGAGGACAGAGAGAGACGCAUCAGAGCGGGGAACAGGUUCUUUCGGCAGCCCUUGGACUCAGCCUCAGCAGACAUGCCUAACUUUGCCGGCACCUGGAAGAUGAAGAAGAGUGAGAAUUUUGAUGAACUUCUCAAAGCCCUGGGAGUGAACACCAUGCUGAGGAAGGUGGCUGUGGCAGCGGCCUCCAACCCCCACGUGGAGAUCCGUCAGGACGGGGAGCAGUUCUACAUCAAGACAUCCACCAGUGUGCGCACCACCGAGAUCAACUUCCACAUCGGUGAAGAAUACGACGAGGAGACGGUGGACGGAAGGAAGUGCAGGAGCCUCGCCACCUGGGUGUCGGAGAAUAAGAUGUACUGUAAGCAGACUCUGGUGGACGGUGACGGCCCCAAAACCUACUGGACCCGAGAGCUGAACGGCGAUGAGCUCAUACUGACUUUCGGGGCAGACGACGUAGUGUGCACAAGGGUCUACGUCCGGGAAUGAAGCUCUGCAACCUUCAUCAGGACGAGACAGACACCCAGUUGGACCACAACAAUUCGUUUAAACCCAACAACACUGUGUCAUGCUAACACGCUAACGUAUUUGCAAAGUAUCCUGUGUAACCUCUCAGCAUCAGUCUGCAUAGUGUCCACAAACAAUAGCAGUGUCUCUGUAAUCUGGUUAUUUGUAGUGAGUAUCGUGUCUGCAGUACAGUAGCUGGAUAUCUCAGUGUCCAUAUCUGCAACCCUGGUGUCAGCUGUGUACGUAGGAUUUAGUCAUCAGUUGCAUUGAUUAAGUAUUCAUGUUCAAUGACAGGAAACAAUAAAAGAUGGAACAAACAGAA